AAUCACGUCCACCAAUCCGAGCCCCCACCUCCCCCAUGGCCACAAUUUUCUCUCCCUCCGCCGUCCUUUCCUCCUCCUCCUCCUCCUCCUCCUCCUCCUCCACCACUACCCCUAAACCACCACUUACUCCUCCACCAUCCAAACCCCACCUCAGCAUCCCACCCGCGAAGCCACCCGUCAACUUGGUCUCCUCUUUAGCCGCCACAGCUCUGGCCGCAACGAUACUCACCACCACCCCACCUUCCCUAGCCGUUUACAAACGAUCCUACGGCGCCGCCGCGAGCGCCGCAAACUACGGCGGGUACGGAGGCAACUCCGACAAGAAAGCAUCGGCGGAGUACAUAUACGACGUGCCGGAUGGAUGGAAAGAAAAGCUAGUCUCAAAGAUACAGAAGGGAACCAAUGGAACUGACAGUGAAUUCUACAACCCGAAGAAGAAGGCAGAGAAGGAGUACUUGACUUUUCUUGAAGGGUUCCCAAGACUGGCGCCUAAAGACGUCAUUCUGAACAAUCUCGCGUUAUCGGACGUGGAUUUGCAGGAUUUGAUUGCAACCGCAGAAAGCGUGAGUUCGGAAGAGAGGAAGGACGAGAAGGGGCAGCUUUACUAUCUGUAUGAGAUUGAUGGGCUUGGCGCGCACAGCUUGAUUUCGGUUACUUGUGCCAAGAACAAGCUGUAUGCGCAUUUUGUGAAUGCGCCUACGCCCGAUUGGAAUAGGGAUCAAGAUACUCUGAGGCACAUUCAUGAGUCUUUCAAGACAGUGGGGUGAGAUUUACUGGAUUUUGUAGCUGUUCCUGUCAAUACAGUCAUGUGGAUAAAUGAGAAUAUUACUGGUUUUGGUGUUUGCAUGAUCUUGUGAUGAGAAAAUAUAGUUACUCCGAGUUGUAUGUUUGUAGCAGUGAGCUAAAUUCAAACACUUCAAGUUGGUAUAUGUUUCUGCUGAAACAGGUUGAACUGGUAAUUAUGUUUGCUUUAGUACCAUGAUGUUUAUGUUUAUUCGAUCAUAGAAUAUGUUUGUUUCC